AUGCCAACCGCCGAACUCCACAGAGAAGGAAUGUCUGGAGACUCAGAAAAGCACAAACAGCAACAACAUCUUUCAUUGUUGAAAGAUGAAUAUGUCAAACUUCAAGCUUAUUGCAAUGAUUUGGAAAAAAAACAUGCCACAUUGGCAGCAACAUAUGGUGAUUGUAAUGACAAAAGUUUUGUUUCAAGGCUCUUGAAAACAGUAACAACAUUGUAUAACAACACCCUUUAUAGUGAUUUAAAUAUAACAUUGGCUAAUGGCGAUGUUCCAGCUCAUAAGUUUGUUUUGUCAUCAAGAAGUGAUAAAUGGGGAGUACCUGAUUUAACUGAAGUUAUUUACUUAGAUUGGACCGCAUUGCCCUUAGAUGUUGGAAAAGCACUACUAAAAUGGAUUUACACAGAUCAAGUAGAUUUCUCUAAAGGUGAUAGUUUCAUCUUAAGCUUGAUGAAAACAGCAGAUACAUUUGUUUUAGACGAUUUAGUUAAUAAAUGUGAAAAAGCACUUAUGGCCUCGGUAAAUGUUAAGAACUGUGUAAAGUUUUAUACAACUGCUGAUGAAAUUGGAGCUCAUACAUUAAAAGAACAUUGUUCAAGUUUAAUAUCUGCUCAUUGGGAUGAUUUUACAAGUGAUGAUUUUGUACACAUGUCGGCGCAAUUUUUAUACCACAUGUUUAAGAGCAAGACCAAAUACCCUCUGCAUUCAGCUGUUAGGCUUAAAAGAGAAGAUGUUGUAUUCUUAUAUAUAGUUGAGCAUAGUUCGCAGGUUAAAACUUUUGGAAGUGAAAUAUGA